AUGUUCACUGAAGAAGAAAUCAUUUCUUAUUCUUAUUUACCAUUAUGGGCAUGGUGUUAUUUAUGUAUAACUGGUAUAAUAUUUCUUUGUACAUUAUGUACAUUAUGUUAUUUACAAAAAUGGUUAUGCUUUAAAAUAAUACUGAAAAAACGUUGGUGUGUUAACAAUUCAAUUGAUACGGGUACUGACUUCAGUGAAUAUACCGAUAGCAACCAUAGUAUUACGUAA